CCAAAAGAAGUUCUCUUCUUUCUUGCCCAUCCCAACAAUUCUUUCCUUUGUUUUUUCUCCUCUCAUUUUUUCUCUAUUCUCUUCCUCUCAAAUCUUCAUUCCUUCUUCCCACAACAAAAAUCAAAUUCAAACCAAUCCCCAAUUUCAUUUUCAAAUUCCUCAAUAUUUCCCUCUUUUUUCUCUUCUUCUGAGUGAUGGGGGUGAAAGUUAGGGUUUCACACACUUCCCACAUCACUGAACUCAUCAUCACCAGUUUCUUCCGCCAUAAGCUUUAGAAUUCUCCGAUCUCCAUAAUCAAGUACUUUCUUCUUCUUCUUCUUAGAAAACCCUUCUGUUUGAUUGUCAAUUAUGGCUUCUUAAUAGUUGCAACUUAUUAGCUAAAUUUUACUUGUAAGUGGAGAAGGUAAAGGUUAUGGCGGGAAGGGUCUUUAAUGGUUCUUCCAGUAACGUUGGAACUUCUUUGCUCUUCAAUCAGAGCCUCCCUCGUUCUUCUAACUCUUCGGAACCCUUCUUCCUUUCUGGGUCUUCUUCUUUUCUGGGCUCAAGCUCAAUGAUGAGUUUUGAAGAUGUAUGUGGAGGAAAAAGAACAGAGAGGCCAUUCUUUUGCACAUAUGAUCAAGAGGAUAUUGGAGAUGAGGAUUUUGAUGAUUACUUUCAUCAACCGGAGAAGAAACGACGAUUAUCGGUUGAGCAAGUUCAGUUCUUAGAGAAGAGUUUCGAGGUCGAAAACAAGCUCGAGCCUGAGAGGAAAAUCCAGCUUGCUAAGGAGCUUGGAUUACAGCCUCGGCAGGUUGCUAUUUGGUUCCAAAACCGAAGAGCAAGGUGGAAAACCAAGCAAUUGGAAAAGGAUUUUGACAUUCUUCAAUCUAGUUUUAACAGCCUUAAGGCUGAUUACGACAAUCUUCUUCAGGAGAAGGAUAAAUUACAAGUUGAGGUGGUACACCUCACAGAAAAGCUACUUUUGAAGGAGAAAAACACAGAACCAUCAAACACAUCCACAGAAACCAAAACAGUUCAAGAAGAACCCAUCAUUGAAUCUGCUUCCGAGAGUGAAGAUCACCAAAUUUCACUCUUCAAAUACAAGCAGGAAGAUUUGAGCUCAGCUAAGAGCGACGUAAUCGAUUCAGACAGCCCUCAUUAUGUGGAUGCUACCCACCAUUCUGCCUUCCUGGACCCAACUGAUUCUUCCUACGCUUUCGAAGCAGAUCAUUCUGAUAUCUCACAAGAUGAUGAAGACUAUUUAAGCAAGAGUCUUCUGCCUUCUUCCCACUUCGAUCCACCUGCCAACUCUUGCGCUUAUGGACUCUCUGGUGAAGAUCAUGCUUCUGUUUACUGGCCUUACUGGGAUAUCAAUCUCAAAAUGUAAUAAAAUCUAUACAUAAGAUAAGAUCACUAUAUAAUAUAUCAUAAGUCGUGCUAAGUUUAGAGCUUUUUACUUAAGAAAUCCAAUUAGUUUGCACCCUAUUAGAUUCAUGGUGGUGGGCCAUGAUUGUCAUUGAGAAAAAUGCUCCUUUUUUCUGUUGUUUUCUUUUUCUUUUUCUUUUUAAGUUCAUUCAUUGAACUUUACCUGAAACUUAAGUAUGUGAUUAAAUAAGAUUUGCCCUUUUUCAGUUCGAAGAUUAUUUUUAUAAGAUUGCUUACAUGUAGAAUUCCCAGACCUCUUUUGUGUUGGAUAUUGGAUUGUUGACUAUGACUAUGAUUUUUAAAAUCAAAAGCUUACAACAUUUCAUUAUCCUAA